CACUUAUUGGCUGGGUUUCAGGUUACGCCCCUUGUAAUGACGUAGAUGCCGCACAGUGACGUCACUUGGAGCUUACCGCCCAACAGCACAUUUUCUAAACAGUGCGUGGCAUUUAUACCUACUGGAUAAAUGUAGGGAAUAUACUUUAGAGUUUGGGGCACUGUCAAGAUGGUUAAAUGACAAGCUGCCCUUUGCGCAAUAGCUAAUUUAUUUAAAUAAUAAUAUAUAUAUUUUCUUCUCUCACGUAGUACUUUAUAUCAAAUUGACCACACGUCUUUACUGAACACAAUGCUUUCAGCGCUCGAGAAACAAAUACUUAUAGACCUGUGGCACAAACUGAUACCAGUGGCAGAAGAUAUUGGAGGUGAAGCACUGUACAGAAUGUUUACAACGUUUCCCAAAACCAAGACAUAUUUCGGUCACCUGGACCUCAGUCACGGUUCUGGGCAUUUGCGCUCUCUCGGGAAGAAGAUUGUGGUGGCCAUAGCGGAGGGGACGACGCACAUAAGCACUCCACUUUUUACCAGCAGUCUGGGGUACCUCAGCAGAUAUCAUGCCUAUCAGCUGAGAAUACAUCCAACCAAUUUUAAGCUGUUUAAUCACUGUAUGCUGGUGACUUUAGCUUGUCAUUUGGGGGGUGACUUCUCUGCUAUUGAACACGCAGCGAUUGACAAGUAUCUCUCAGCUUAUUCAGCAGUGCUGGCCGAGAAGUUCAGAUAAGGAAAUGUCCUCAAAAGUAUCCAUCAUCAUCAUCAUCAUCAUCAUCAUCAUCUCUUUCCAAGAUUCUAACAGGAGACCAAGGUUCAUCAAUACACUGCAAUGUUUUUCUUUAUUAUUCGUUAUGUAAUUAAUGAUGUAAAUAGAUUACUGUUGUUAAAUUAAAUACAAUUUAAUGUCGUUAAAAUGGUCAUUUUUGUUAUUUGAUAAAUAAAUAGAAUAACUAAAGGCCAUCCCUGCUGAUAUAAACAAUACAAACCAUCACAUAAAUUCUAAUGGUUUCCACUACAAAUACCAUUAUAAACCAUCAGCUAACCAUUAAAACCAUUACCAUUCUAAGUCCUUAAUGGAAUCCACUAGACAUAACAUAGAGGGCCAAUUGAAGGCAAAUUACCAGUAGGGACCCACAGGGACCAUUAGUACAGUUUUCAUUGAAACCAUUAAAACCAUUAAACAUUCUAUGAGGGUUUCUAUUGUUUGUUUGUUUUUUUUUAACAGGGAUGGCAGCUCUUACCUUAAGUGCGAGAAAUGCGUCACUAUAUCCAGCCAUAGCUAUACAUAUACGACAAUUUUAAGUCAGGCCAAACCUGUCUGAAUUUGAAAGGACGUUUAAAACCCGCGACUUUAUCUCCCUCUAGCGGUAGAAUAUGCAAAAUGCCGGCCUGUUUAUAUCAAUUUGAAUCACUAUGGACUAUUAACAAUGUUUAUAUUUUUAAACUUUUUUUUUAAACCCUAAACAUUUUUUAUUUAAUUAAAAAGUAUGUAACACAGUGCACAUAAAGAGAAGAGUCUGCUUAAAAAAACCAAGCCACUAACGUAAAGAACAGCGCCAUAUGUCUCAAAAAAGGUAAAUGUCAGUCAACUCCAGAAUUAAAAAUUAUUAUAUUUCCAAACAACAGUGGUGGUAGUAAUUGUGUUUGGUAGGCUAUAGCUCAACAAUAAACAAUAAACAAUAAACUAAAGCAUAAAAUACAGGAGAACACAACAUGUGCAAGUACUGUCCAUUAAUUCUGAUUCAGAAAGUGCAAUUUUGGUAGAAGAGUAUGUGCAAACGACACAAUAGUAUAGAAAGACUGAAACCAGUAGCAGCAGUAGUG